GCCGCGUUCAGCGAGUCGACAAGCGAGCCGAUGACCCGCGUCUGUACUAUUUGCCGUUUUGCUGUCCGGUUCGUUUGAGGCCCAGAUAUUUCCUAACCCGGUCAAAACAAGCUCCCUUAGAGAACAAUGUCGCUUUACGACGACCUGGGGGUGGCGGCCAGUGACACUAAAACAGAAGGCUGGUCCAAGAACUUUAAAUUGCUUCAGUCCCAACUGAAAGUGAAGAAAGCAGCGCUGACUCAGGCUAAGACUCAGCGAAUGAAACAGACCACCGUCCUUGCUCCUGUUAUUGAUUUGAAGAGAGGAGGUUCCAGUGAUGAGAGGCAGAUCUCAGACACGCCUCCACAUAUCGCCGCUGGACUCAAGGAUGCCACACCGGGCGGGUUCUCCUCGGGAGAUGUUCUGGUCCCUCUGGCGGACGAGUAUGACCCCAUGUUCCCCAAUGACUAUGAAAAGGUGAUGAAGAGACACAGGGAGGAGCGACAAAGGCAAAGGGAGCAGGAAAGACAGAAGGAGAUAGAAGAGAGAGAAAAGAAGAGGAAGGAUAGACACGAGGGCGGAGCGCCCAGUGGAUUCUCUCGCUUCCCGGCAGCGGAGGGUGACUCGGAUGAAGAUGAGGAGUAUGAAAAGGAGAAGAGGAAAAGAACUAUGGGUGGAGCUGCCAUUGCCCCUCCGUCAUCCCUUGUGGAUAGAGAUGGCUCCUCUUCAUCCUACCCGUAUGAAGAAGAAGGGCGCCCCUCCAGAGGCUCAAAAGCAGCUAUCCCCCCACCCAUGUUUGAGGACUCUGACCGUCCACGUUCGCCUCCUGGGCCCACCAACUCUUUUCUGGCUAACAUGGGGGGUACAGUGGCUCAUAAAAUCAUGCAGAAGUAUGGCUUCAGAGAGGGCCAGGGUCUGGGCAAACAUGAGCAGGGCCUCAGCACCGCCCUGUCGGUGGAGAAGACCAGCAAGAGAGGAGGCAAGAUCAUCAUUGGUGAUGCCACGGAAAAACCAGGGUCCGGCCAGCCAGGUGCUGCUGAAGCUUCAAGUGGAGGCUUCUCAGCCGACUCGAAGAAGUCAGAGACCAACCCGCUCACAGAGAUCCUCAAGUGCCCGACCAAAGUGGUUUUGCUGCGUAACAUGGUGGGCCGAGGAGAGGUGGACGAGGACCUGGAGGGAGAGACCAAAGAAGAAUGUGAGAAAUACGGAAAAGUGAUCAAAUGCGUCAUCUUUGAGAUCGCGGUCGUGACAGACGAUGAAGCCGUGAGGAUAUUCCUGGAGUUUGAGAGAGUCGAGUCGGCCAUCAAAGGUCCCCCUCGUGCCACCAAAAUAGCUCUGAGCCAUCGAGGCAUGGACUCCACCAGACCUCUGAAGGUGCCCUCUAGUAUCUAG